UAUAAGUAUAAAUGUCAAAUUCAUAAGUUCAAAUGCUAGUAAAAAAUUGACAGAUCAACGAUGAACUAACGACGAAAUACUGGGACGUAAAAGGUUCGUAUAUUUCUGGUAGAGAUUCUUGUUUUACAUAAGUUUCAAAUGUGUGCAGUAAAGUGAAAUUAUAAACUGUUAUAUACCGAAGCAGAUUUUAAAAGUUAAUUCGCUACUUCCCUCGCUCUGAAAAAAUAAAAAAAGAAAGAAACUUCCCUCACUCUGAAUUCUGGGAACUGUAGUCUUUUUUUGUUUGGGCAGGCAACGAUUUGAUGUGUAAAAGCAAGCAUUACAACGACAAAUCCCGUGAUCCAACAGGGGUGAUAGGUCAAUGCUGUUGCUAUAGCGAUGCGUACUUCGUUUGGAGCAAUGGCAGGUAGCGUGUCUCGGGUGUUUGCAGCCCUCGCGCCGGCCAGCGAUUUCAUUUACCGAGAUGAAAACGAAUCGGGCCGAGGCGACAGGCGACCCACGCCACGGCAGCCGAUUCCCGGGCGGGAGGUUCAGGUGACGGGCAGCGCCGAGCUUUCCGCCCCUCCGGACCGUGCUCGACUAAACCUGUGGGUUAGCAGCAGGAAGGAGUCCGUCACAGACGUCAAAAACAGCGUCUCCCGGCGACUGGACUACAUCCUGCAAGUAACCAGACAGCACGGAGUGAAGGAAGAGAAUGUCACUGUGACCAAAGAUAUAAGAAGAGUCGAAAAUGCUUACCAUAUGGAAGUUGAGGUCUGUGUUAUAUUUUCUGAUUUUGUGAAGAUGCAAAAUGUUAGCAAUUUGCUGGUGGAAAAGCUUGACAGCUCUGUAACUGUUUGCACGCCAGUCUUCUACCAUACAACCGAGAGCCUUGAAAAACUGAGGCGCCAGGUGUGCCUCGUGGCAGUGGAGAACGCCCGUCACAAAGCCAGGGAGGUGUGCCGCAUGGUGGGGCAGGCUGUGGGCAGGCCCCUGCUGAUAAAGGAAGAGGACACUAAGGAGUGGCAGGGGCAGACAGAGGAGACCGCCGAGCCAGAGCAGCACGCCGGGCAGCAGAGAAUCGGCAGCGCCACAGUCUUCGUCACCUCCAGCGUUUUCAUCUCGUUUGAGAUCAAACCAAAAGAAAAGGGAAGGAAAAAAACGUGACCAACUUUUGUAUUGCUUUAUUUUUCAGACUUUUGCUUGAUAAAAUUCCAGGAAU